CCUCAUCGGCGGCUACCGCCGUCACCGCCGAGGGACCGAGGGCGAAGACUAGCGACUCGCUAUAGUCUAGUUGGACUCAACGCUAUACGAUCUGAUUUUGGAUUUUGGACUCACAGAGGGAGGCUCAGCGUUAUUUCCCGGCAUAGACGAAUGAACCCGAGUAGGUAUUUAUUUAAAACCGCGUUCGAAAAGCGUCAUGCACACCGUUUCAUGGUUUUUCUUUUUGUUUUGGUAGACGAAGGAGGUCAAGCCGACCGAUGCGGAGUCGGUAGGAGGAGGAGUGGCAAGGAGACGUCGGGCUCGGUUACGCGGGUAUACGACCACACUAAUGACACCCACACAUGCGGCGAUGACACGGCUGGACUUCUAUAAACCGUUUUAGAGCUUCCUAUUUUAUGUAAUAGGCUCCAUAUACUCGAAUUCAAUCCUUAGAGAGCAU